AUGAAUAAUUUAAAUGGUGGCCGUGGUUGUAGAAGGAGGCUCUUUUUCGAUGACGAUGUUGGCGGUGAAAGGAAGAAUCCCAGACCAGUUAUUCCCGACCCCAACAAUCACGUGAACAGAAACAUCUUCUGGAGCCACAGCAGCAACCACCACGACAUCAACAACAAUCUCCCUCUUAACAAGCUGCAACAGAACAUCGACAUGUUCACGUCAACGCCAAAAAGUGACCAAUCAACUCGAAGGUUCGGUUUUGUUGAUGAGUAUUAUAAAAGUUUUGAUCCCCUGGUUAACAAGAGGGUCGUAGAGAAGGAUUUGUUCAGCGAAACAAUCAUCAGAGGAAGUUUGAAGUGUUACUUUCUCACUAAAAAUAGUUACAUGGUGAAAAUCGGAAACAAGAAUAAACACCAAAACAACAGAUGA